UUUGCUUACAGGGCAGUUACAGAUCCCAGAGAUGGUAGGAGGGUAGCUUUGAAGAAAUUACCAAAUGUCUUUCAAAGUCUGGUCAGCAGUAAAAGGGUCUUUAGAGAAUUAAAGAUGCUGUGCUUCUUCAAACACGAGAAUGUCCUUUCUGCAUUGGAUAUAUUGCAGCCUCCGCAUUUGGACUUCUUCCAAGAAAUAUACGUCAUUACAGAGCUUCUUCAAAGUGAUUUGCACAAAAUCAUCGUCAGUCCGCAGCACCUUAGUCCUGACCACAUUAAGGUCUUCCUCUAUCAAAUUCUUCGAGGUCUGAAAUACCUUCACUCAGCCAGAAUUCUUCAUAGGGACAUCAAGCCUGGGAAUCUUUUAGUGAAUAGUAAUUGUGUUCUGAAGAUCUGUGAUUUCGGAUUGGCAAGGGUUGAGGAACCUGAUCAAACGAAACACAUGACCCAGGAGGUGGUGACGCAGUAUUAUCGAGCACCAGAAAUUUUAAUGGGCGCACGACAUUACACUGCUGCAGUAGAUGUUUGGAGUGUAGGUUGUAUUUUUGGUGAACUUCUGCAAAGGAGAAUUCUCUUCCAAGCUCAGAGUCCUGUGUUGCAGUUGGAGUUAAUCACAGAAUUACUGGGAACGCCAACCAUCGAGGACAUGAGGUACGCCUGUGUAGGAGCUAGGGCACAUAUGCUGGGACGCGCUCCUAAACCUUCCUCGCUCACGGCACUGUACACCCUCAGCAGUCAAGCGACGCACGAGGCUGUACAUUUGCUUUGCCAAAUGCUUGUCUUCGAUCCCGACAAAAGGAUUACUGUGGGGGACGCUUUGGCGCAUCCGUACCUAGAUGAAGGAAGACUGAGAUAUCAUUCGUGUAUGUGCACGUGUUGUUAUACAACAAGCGCUGGCAUGAGGCAAUACACAGGAGACUUUGAACCAGCUACGUCACAUCCUUUCGAUGAUUUCUGGGAGCGAAAACUCACAAGCGUUCAUCAGGUGAAAGAGGAAAUGCACAAAUUUAUUGCAGAACAGCUCAACACAUCACGUGUACCGCUCUGUAUAAAUCCACAAUCCGCGGCAUUCAAGAAUUUUGCAAGCUCAACAGUGGCGCAUCCCUCGGAAUUGCCACCAUCUCCUCAUCAAUGGGAAUAAAAUGCUUCUUCGAGUUUGGAAAAAAUCGUCUUGCAGUCUUCUUGUUCCGAAGGGAAUCUUGGACGUCGACGCGCACACAAAACUUUUUUUGGACGAAACAAGAAUAAAACUCAAGAUUAAGCCAAGAGAGACAAUAGACUGCCGAGCACUGUAGCAUGAAAAAAAUUUUCGAUUAGCUGAUUUAAACAAAAUAACAAGAAUUUUAGGACAAAAACGUAGCUAAUUAAUGUAAUUUUCCAAAAAAAAUCUACAAUGCAAAAAAUAGAUAAUUACAUAAAAUAGGGAAUAUUUUCAAGAGAUAGAAGCGAGAGGCUGAAUGAUUAGUUUAAGGGAGAAAACAAUGGGAAAUGGGAAAAUACGAGAAAAUCUCGACAGUGAGAGGGCCAGUUUUUAGAUUUAAUUAACUUUUCAUUUUGUAAAUCACAAAGAUGGCUGGCAUUUAAUGACUGUGAGUACUAAAGGUGGAUACCUGGUACACCUUGACAAUUUUUUUCCUUCUAAUAUUAUUUAAAUUGAGUUGAUAAGAUAGAAACCCUUUUCUACCAUAAUAGUUUCUUGUUUUUAGAGAAAAGGAACUCAGCGAAUUAAUAUUUAUUAUUACAUCGCCUGCCCGACGUGUUAAUAUGUAAUUACAAAAAUAAAGAAGAAACUAUUGAUCUUAAAUUGCAAACGUCAAAUAUUAAGACUAUUGUAGUUAAAAUUAUUAAUAUAAAGAAGAUCAAUCUGUAAUUAAAUCAAUUGAAUUAUACUUUAAUCUACUGUUCACCACAGUGACGAACGAGGCCAAGUAAUAAUUAUAUUCUAAGAAAGCGAACGCAUUUGUGUCGAUAUUAAAAAAGAAAACAAAAAAAUGAUACAUUGUGUACAUUAUAUAAAUAUAAGUAGAUACUCGUGUCCAUCGAUUUUUAUAUUAUUUACGAUUUUCAAAGGGAAGUUGAUGAUGACAAAAAGGGUUGACUAACACACUUUCCCUUCAAAAAGUGUUACUGAUUUUAUUAACACUCACAAAUUUAGUAGUAUAUAUUUAAAGAAAAAAAAGUUUAAUCUAAACUUUACAGACAAACAUUACAGACAUUUGUCAAAUGCAAUUACAUUUCAUAAAAGUCAGUAAUCUAAUAAAAAAUUACAAUUAAUGAAGAUAAAAAAAGAAAAGAAAAUUUUUGGUCUAAAACAUUAGUUCCAUUAUUUGUCUUUUAAUAAAUAUUUUUUAAAAAUAAAAUUUUUAAUUCCCUUCCUGAUGAUUAUUUCUAGUUGAUUUUGUUUACAGAUUAAUCAAAAUCGCUAAAAUUUUGAUUUCCUUGAAUUUGUAAGCUAAUAAAUAAUUAUAUUUUCUGAAAUGUAAUUGAAUUUGAGAAAAAUGUUAGAAAUGUGUAAUCGUGGGUAAUUAAAAUUUAAUAGUUAUGAUCAAUAAUACGUAUUUAUGCGUAUAAGUGAAAUAAAAGAACAACUAAUAAUUAAGAAUUACUUAAGGACGAAGUGUAAAUGAGGGUGAUAAGAAUAAAGAAAACGAAAAAAUUAUUGAUUUAUGCAAACAAAAGCUAAUAGACAUUUGAUAAAUAAUAAUUAAUGCUAAAUGUAAUUUUUUUCGCAAUUUUGUAAGCGACUAAGUAAGGAAUAUUAUGCGGCCUUCCACAAUGACAAUUUCAAAGUAAAGCACUGCCAAAAAACUUGAAA